GAUAAGGAUGAGAAGGAGAGUAAACUGAUGCAUCAUAAGAUGGGAAGAGUUGCCCUCCAACAGAGACUGUCUGGUGACAUCACUGACCAGGACCGGAGACAACUGCAGGGAGAGCUGGAGGAGGUGGAGUGGGAGAUCAAGAAGUGUGUCUCUGAGAUACAAGACUGUGAGGAGGAUAUACAAUACUAUGAGAAUGAUAUUGCUGAGACACGGAGAAGAGGAAAGGAGAAGCAAAGAAAGGAAGAAUCAGCGAAGCGGUUGUUUGAUGAGGCGAUGAAGCACGGACAUGUCUUGGUCAACAUUGUCAACAUGCUCGUGUUUGGACCGGCGGGAACAGGGAAGACCAACCUCAAGCACCUGCUAACUGACAAGCCCCCUCCACUACACCGAGACAGCACUCCUUGUAUGGAAAAGCCAGUACGCAUUCGACCCGUGUCCAACACGAAAUUCAGGUCAACUGGAAGAGGUUGGGAAGAGAUGUCUCAGCCAAAGCUGCGCAAGCUACUUGCUCAAAUCAUCGCCAAGUUACCAAAAGAAAGUGCCGAUCCAUCCACAGCAUCAAGGGUUGCCGAGAGCUUGAAGAAGAUGACCACAACCGAGUCAAUUUCUGGUUCUAAUGAGCACUUUUCUGAUUCCGAUGUGCCAUUUUCUGAUUAUUCAGAUAAUUCAAAUUCUAGUUCCGAUGAGUUAGUUUCUGAUUCCGAUGUGCCAUUUUCUGAUUAUUCAGAUGAUUCAAAUUCUAGUUCCGAUGAGUUAGUUUCUGAUUCCAGUUCGAGCCCAUCGAGGAACGAUUCCGAUGAAUUUUCUGGCUCUACAAGAAAGUUGAAGAAAGCCGUUGAUAAAGUGAUAGCGAGUGUAGUGAGUGGUGUGGCAGAAGAGCUGAAGCCAGCCACACAGGGAACUGACCAACUGUCGAGCAGUGACCAGCAAGAAGGAGAACUGUUUGAUUCCAACUGGGUGUAUGUUACCGACUGCGGCGGCCAGCCGCAAUUUCACGACAUCAGCCCUCUCUUCAUCAAGCACAUUUCAGUGGCGUUGAUAGUCCUGCGUUUGAUUGACGAACUCUCCAGUUUCCCUUCUGACGAGUACUACAAGGAUGGGCAGCUUGUUGGUAGUCCUCAUGCAUCUCACAUGACCCUCAGGGAGACACUUCAGAGUCUCAUUCGAUCCAUUGAGUCCCAUACCUCACAAGACAAGAAGCCGAAGAUGAUCUUUGUGGGCACAUUCUUAGAUCAGCUGAAGAGCUCGGAUACACUUAUCAAGAGGAAUCAAGAGAUUCUCGACAUGCUGCCACCCGAUAUCAAGAAGCUAUUGGUGUACGAAAAUCUUGGAAUGAACAAUCUGAUUUUUGGUCUUAACACAAUCAGCCGAGAAGAUAAUUCACUGGCCACUGCCAAUAGGAUUAGAAUUGCUAUUGAGCGUUCUAUUCCGUUGAAAGUCAAAAUGCCCAUCUGGUGGUCCUUCUUGGAUUCACUUCUCCAGAGUUUAUCUGCCAGUCUCGAGCGAGGUGUAUUAAGCAUUGAAGAAUGUCUCCAAUUAGCCACUCGAUUUGGUUAUGUGCUCCAAGAUCUUGAAGCUGCUCUGGUCUUCUUUGACAGCGUGUGUAUAGCGCACUACUAUCCCUCCAUUCUCCCCAACACAGUGUUUGUGGAUGCCCAGAUUCCUCUAGACAAGAUCACUGAGCUCUCACAGCACGCCAUCUCCCUGAGGGAUCCUGAAGUCAAAUCAAGCACAGGAGGGACAGAUGCCGAAUGGAAGAGAUUUAGAGACGAGGGCAUAAUCACUGUAAAGUUCCUACAAUUCUUCGAGAAGCAUUACGUUGAAGGCAUCUUUUCUCCAGAAGAUAUGCUGUUGAUCAUGAAAAAGCUUCUCGUGAUUGCUCCCAUUCCUCUAGUGGAAGCCACUCCCCACCAAGCCGAGUUCUUCAUGCCAUCUCUACUCACAUCGAUCCCACCUGCUGAGUUAGACGAAAUUCGUUCCUCCUUCACAACAUCACCCCUCGCUGUCUACUUUCGUAGUGGGUGUAUUCGCUCUGGAGUCUUUUGCUGUCUAGUUGUGGACGUGAUCAAGAGGGUGGGCUGGCAAGUUUUGUUGCCUUCAGGGAAACCAAUCUGUUUUGCUAAAAAUUGUAUCCAGCUAAGAAUUCCCAAGCACCCGUGCACCGUGGCUCUGAUCGACUCAUUCUCGUAUAUCGAAGUGUACAUUGACGUCCCUUUUCCUCUGCGCAAAAAACUUUGUCUUUCCAUUCGCAAUGAAAUUUUGAUCAGCAUUAAAUCGUCCUGUGACAUGUUGCAUUACAACAACGACACACCCGAGACAGCCAUCUUUUGCCCUUGCAAGAAGAGCACUGGAAGCAUACGCAAAUUGCACCUUGCUGAUCUGAGUGAACGGAAGGACUAUUGGAUAUGCUCCCAGGAGGCACGUGUGUAUGGGAAGCUCAGUGACGAACAUAGAAUCUGGCUGGACAAUAGCGAAGGUUCAGGUGAACCAUCCUCUGUUACGAGAGAUGUCACUGAAAGAACGAGUGAUCAGCUGCAAUACCCCGGCCCAUCGUCCCCUGUAGUGGAACCUGCGCGUAAGAAGAUGAGAAUGAGUGAUCAACAUACCAGUGAAUUGUCCUCUGUUACAGUAAUGGAAGAUGUGUGUAAGAAGACUGGAGUGAGGGACCAACAACUAGAUCAAGAAAUCCCUGAGAAUGACAUCACUCGAUUUGCGGAGAAAUUUCCUCAACUGCUGAGCGUGCACAAGGCUUUGACAAUUAACGAUCUACAACAUGUCUAUGUGACUCUACAUGAAAGUGCCCCUUACUGGUUGAAUCUGGGAUUGGCUCUAGGUCUCAGUCAUCCUGUUCUCAACAACAUCGAUACUGGCAAGCAUCGUGGCGAUAAUCUGUCUUGCUUGCGUGAAAUGCUGGUUAAGCUCCUGAGUACACAAGAUGUAACAUGGAGUCUCCUGUCAGAUGCUCUCAAAAAGCCCACAGUGAAACUCGUCAAUUUGGCUGAUAGCAUCAUGGUUAAUCAAUCCAACCUGCUCGAUGGACUCAACCUCACCCCAGCCGACCUUGAUGAUGUAACUGAUGUCACACGUCGUUAUGGCGAUCAAGCUGGAGUGGCUCAUGCAUUGAGAGUGUGGCGAAAAGUGAAUCCUUCCAGAGCUACCUUCAGGGCCUUGGUGGAAAUUGCUAUAGAACUGAGAAGAGGAGACACUGCUACAGACAUUUGUAGAUUCAUUGUAAAGGAACUGAACAAAAAUUAAUUCGUUUUUAUAUUGAUGAUGCUAUUUUGUGUGUACUGUAACAUGUGCUAUUAAAUGCUUUUUCAUAACAUUGAGUGUUGA